CCCUCUUUCUCGUUCUUUUUCUUUCAACGUGUAUACCAUGCGAAUUGUAGUCACCACUGAAACCGACGAUCUUUAUAAUCUGGAAAUCGACAGCCAAAUGGCUAUUGAGGAUUUAAAAGCCUUACUCGAAACUGAAUCGGGUCUAGAACCACGACAACAAGAACUCAUCCACAAUGGUCGAAACUUGGACCAAGCGAAAAAGUUACUAGAAGAAUACGGUGUUGCUCAAGAUGAUCUAAUCUUGCUGCGACGCAAGACAACAAGAGGAUUUGCAGAAGCAGAAGCAGGAGAAGGAGCAGGAGCAGGAGAAGCAAUGUCAAGGUAUGCAUAUAUAGUACUACCUAUACGCGUAAAUGCGCAGUCUUUCACUACUUUUUUUGCCGGUCCAUUUAUUUGAACGAUUUAUACUACUCUUCUUUAACGAAAAUGUAGCAAUCCCAAUUUUGACUUAAUGAGGCAACAUGUUUUACGUGACCCUCGUUUAUUGCAACAACUUGCCAAUGUAAGGAAUGAAAAGCCCGUGAGAAGAGAGAAGGAAGGAAGGGGCGGUAUUGUUCUUAUUAUAGUAGUU